AUGGAUAUCGGAUCCACGUCAUACAAUUUCUCCGGUUAUUACGGCGGGAUGCAAGACCUGAGAAGCUACAGCGCCUCCGACGCUUCUUCCUACCCGGCCGCUGGGCAGAACGGCGGGCCAGCGGCGGCGCCCGGCGGCGUCGGGGAGCGAUGGGAGUUCCAGAAGGGGAAUUCAGUAAACGGCGUCGUUUCGAAGAGCUGGAGCUUGAACGAUCCCGAGCUGCAGAGGAAAAAGAGGGUCGCAGGUUACAAGGCGUACACAGUGGAAGGCAAGAUGAAGGGCUCAAUUAAGAAGAGCUUCAAGUGGCUUAGGGAGAGGUACACCCUCUUGGUCCAUGGCCACAUCUGA